AUGGCCAAGCCGCUGGAUCUGGGCCUGGAGGAGCGCCUGCUGAAAGCCCGCAUCCAGUAUGUUGCCCAGCUAAAAGAAGCGCUGCUGGACAGUGACUCCCUGCUGCACAACACGCUGGAGGUGUACACCUCCAUAAUCGACGAGAUCGCGGAGGAGGUGGUGCACGAGGUCGCGGCGCUCGUGGCCCAGGGCCUGGAGGACGUGCGGAUCCCGCGCAACAUCUGCGUGGAGAAGGAGGCGGCAUCCACUGUGCCGCCUGGCCGAGUCAGCGUGGAUGUGUUUGGGGUGCCCGCCUCCUCCCUCCCCAUCGACCCCGUCUCAUGUCCCAACUGUGCACGUCGGGUGGCUGCAAGCCGCUUCGCCCCCCACCUGGACAAAUGCAUGGGCCGGGGGCGGAUUGGGGCGGGCAGGUGA